AUGGACUUUGGUACCCCAACUCGCACACUACGCAGCCGUCCCCCCGUGGACUACUCCAACUCUGGAGCAGGCUCUCGCCGCUCUUCCGUGGCUCCUAGCGUCGCUUCUAGCGUUGCCCCCAGUGAAGCUAGCUUUAGCGACGAACCCACCCCGAUCUUCAGCUCCUCUUCGAGCGAUGUUCCCACCCCCAAGACCACUGUCAAGAUUAAACCUCGCGACCCGGCCAGUAAGGCGAACGGCAAACCUCUCAAACUGUAUCACAUGAACAGAUACGUUGGUUUUAAAAUUUCUAAUUAUACAUUCCUUUUUGCUGACGAAGAUGGCCGCCAUCCAAUCGAAGACUACUUCAAAGCUCUCUGGGGUUACAUCUCGGCGCCCUUUAGGGCAUUGGCUGAUAACUGGAUGACUAUCGGCAGGAUGCUGCAGGUGACUCUCCUCCUUGUAGCAUUUGGCGCGUUCUUUUAUUUCAGCCGCGAUGGGGCACUUGAAAGCCGACGCCCCGGACAUCAACACGAGGUAUCCGAUGCCGAUGUGGGAGCAAUACAUGCUCAGUUUCAGGAAAUGAGAAAGGAGGUUGCACACCAUAAGGAAGAGUACCGGUCGCUGCUGAAUGUGCGCUUAGCCGAAUAUGAAGAGAAUGUUAAACAGUACAACAAACUGUACGUUGAUGAUGUUAUGAAGGAGUUGAAGACUCGGGAACAAAGUGACAAGGUCCAUCAAAAGCACCUUGAUGAUACCGCUUUGAUCAAGCAACAAAUCGAAGAGCUUCAAAAGCAAAUGAUCGACUACAGCACCGCCACGCAACAGUACGACGCACUAGAGCAACAAAUCGCAGAGCUUCAACAGAAAAUGAUCGACUACAACACCGCCACGCAACAGUACGACGCACUAGAGCAACAAAUCGAAGACCUUCAGCUGCAAACGACCCAGGGCAGCACCGCCACGCAAAAGUGUGAGGCACUGGAGCAACAAAUCACCGUAUUAACUGCGGGGUUUGCUACUUUAGUCAGUAAGACUGAUGACCUCGAAGGAAGAACCAUCAAACCAGACACAGUCGGCAUGGCCGACUAUGCCUUAGAGAGUGCUGGUGGCCGAAUCAUCUUGGGGCUUACAUCCCCCACUUAUGCGCCUCCAACCAUAAUAGGUUGGAUGGAUUAUUUGUUGGGGACUCCAAAGGCGCGAGGACAGCGCCCAAACACCUCUAUUCAACCCGACGUGUUACCUGGCAAUUGCUGGCCAAUGCAAGGUAACCAUGGCCGGCUCGCUAUUGCCCUCUCGACCCCAACCGUCCCCACUCAUAUCACUAUUGAGCAUGCGCACAAGGAACUUUGGGGUGGCCACACUGGCCUCGCUUCUGCCCCCAAAGAUUUUGAAGCGUGGGCUGUUUAUGAUCACGAAGCGUUUGCCAAGAUGGACUUGGACUCGGAAGAAGCCCGUAGGGCUUCAGUUAGCUGGGAGACACAACCCCAAGCCCUUUUGAUGGCGUCGGGUACCUUCAAACCUAUGGAGAAGAAUCUUGAAACCUUUGAGAUUAGUCCCGUUGCUUACAGGAACCUUGAAAACAUGGCACUCAUGCAUGAACAGCAAGUUCACACUGUCGUCUUCCGCUUCAGGAGUAACUGGGGUAAUGAGGACUGGACUUGCAUCUACAGGGUGCGUGUCCACAGCAUUUAA